CCAUUUUAUAUUCCCACCAGCAAUGUAUGAGAGCUCCAGUUUCUCCACAUCUUCAGCAACACUUGGCAUUAUCUGUGUUUUUAUUGUAGCCAUUCUAAGUGUCUAUGUGUGCAGUGGUAUCUCGUGAUUUUAAUUUGCAUAUCGCUAAUGGCAAAUGAUGUUGGUUGAACACCUUUUUCAUGUGCCUCUUAGCCAUUUGUAUAUCUUUUUUGAUGAUAUGCUUACUCAUAUUUUUGCCCAGUCUUAAUUGUCUUUAUUUCUUUUUAUUAUUGAGUUUUCAGUUUUUUAAAUACAUUGUAGAUAUAUGCCAGAUAUAUGAUUUGUAAAUAAUUCUCCAAAUUUGUGACUUUCCUGUGAAUUUUCUUUAUGCUGACUUUGUAGCACAAGAGUUUUUAAUUUUAUUCAAGUCCAAUUUAUUAACUUUUAAAAUUGCUCCUAAUUUUAGUGUCAUGUAUCACUCGUUGCCUAACCCAAGGACACGAAGAUGGUCUCGUGUUUUCUUCUAGGAGUUUUGUAUUUUGGGAUCUUACAUUUAGGUUUGUGAUCCAUUUUGAGUUCAUUUUAUGUGUAGUCUGAGGGCUUGGUCAUCUAUCAGUUCCUGCCGGGAAUACCUUUCUCCGGGUGGACCGUUCUUGGCCGCUCUGGGCGGUACUACGACUCCCAGCAGGCACCACGCCCGCCCGCCCUCCGCGGAGCGGGAAAUCCAGACCGCCUGGGAAUUGAGGCUUCCGGGAAGAGCUGAGCCACAGACUGUGGUUCCGAUAUCCGCUCCAUUCAACCCUUUCUCAAGAAUUUGGUCUCUGGGAGAACCAAGCUGGCCUGAACGACCUCCCUGUUCAGACCCGGCCCCUGACUUCCGGCCACCUUCGACUCCCUCACUGGUUUGGUCCAGCAGUGUGUCUUCCGAGUUUCCCGCAGGGACUAAUUCUUGAAGACCAACUGCAGUCCCGAGUUUCGCAGGCCCGGUCAACAAGAGGCGAGAGGAGAAGUCGGCGGACGGCGAGGAGAGAGUGUCCAUUUCUCCUUGAAGCGGUGGGCCGGCCCGGCUGGGACCCCAAGAGGAGUAGGGGACCCGGGCGGGGUUCAGAAGUUCGCGGGUUCCUACCCCCUGGGGGGGGGCGGGCUUCGGCGGGUCCAGGCUCGCCCUUCAGAAGGCCAUCCCGGUAUCCAGCCCCGGCCUCGGCCACCAUGUCCCACAAGGUCCCUUUGGACUGCUCAGCAUCACGCGCCAGCUGCCUGGACCUGUGGAGGGAAAAGAAUGACCGGCUAGUUCGACAGUCCAAGGUGGCUGAAGACUCUGGUCUGUCUCUGAGGCGACAGCAAUUGGCUCAGGAUGCUCUGGAAGGGCUCAGAGGGCUUCUUCAUAGUCUGCAGGGGCUCCCUGCGGCUGUUCCUGUUCUCCCCUUGGAGCUGACUGUCAUCUGCAACUUCAUUACUCUGAGGGCAAGUCUGACCCAGGGCUUCACUGAGGACCAAGCCCAGGAUAUCCAAAGGGGCCUAGAGAGAGUGCUGGAGGCCCAGGCACAGUCAGGCCCACAGCCAGAACAUGGGCUCAGGGAACUGUGGAACUUCAUCCUCCAUGCUUCCACUCCUACGCCGGAGCUGCUCCCUGCCCUACACCAUUUGGCUGGGCUGCAGGCUGCCCUCUGGCUGAGCACUGACCAUCUUGGGGACUUAACCUUACUGCUGCAGACCCUGAAUGGCAGCCAGAGUGGAGACUCUGAGGAUCUGCUGCUGCUUCUAAAAACUUGGAGCCCCCCAGCUGAGGAGUCAGAUGCCGCACUGACCCUGCAGGAUGCCCGGGGCUUAAGGGAUGUCCUUCUCACAGCAUGUGCCUUCCGCCAAGGCCUUCAGGAGCUGAUCACAGGGAGUUUGCCCAAGGCACUGAGCAACCUGCAUGAAGCAGCCUCAGGCCUGUGUCCACGGCCUGUGUUGGUCCAGGUGUACACGGCUCUGGGGACCUGUCUCCGUAAGAUGGGCAAUCCACAGAGAGCACUGCUGUACUUGGUUGCAGCCCUGAAAGGGGGAUCAGCCUGGGGUCCCCCACUUCUGGAGGCCUGCAGGCUAUAUCAGCAACUGGGGGACACAGCAGCAGAGCUGGAGAGUCUGGAGCUGCUGGUUGAGGCUUUGAAUAUCACCCACAGCUCUGAAGUACCCCAGCUUCUUAUUGAGGUAAAGUUGCUACUCCCACAACCUAGCCCAGCCUCACCCCUUCAUUGUGGCACACAGAGCCAGGCCAAACACCUACUAGCAAGCCGAUGCCUACAGACAGGCAGGACAGAGGAUGCUGCAGAGCAUUACUUGGAUCUGCUGGCCCUAUUGAUGGAUGGCUCAGAGCCAAGGUUCUCCCUACCCCCAACCCCCCCAGGACCCUGUGUGCCUGAGGUGUUCUUGGAGGCAGCAGCAGCACUGAUCCAGGCAGGCCGAGCCCAGGAUGCUUUGACUGUAUGUGAGGAACUGCUCAACCGAACAUCAUCCCUGCUCCCCAAGAUGCAUCAGCUAUGGGAAGAUGCCAGAAAAGAAGCCAAGGAGCCACCACACUGUCCACUCUGGGUCUCUGCCACCUACCUGCUUCAGGGCCAGGCCUGGGUACAACUAGGGGCCCAAAAAGAAGCAAUUAGUGAAUUUAGCCGGUGCCUUGAGCUGCUCUUCCGGGCCAUGCCUGAGGACAAAGAAGAAGGGCUUGCUUCCGACUGUGAGCCAGGGUGCAGACCAAAUGUGGCACUACAAGAGCUUCAGGCAGCUGCCCUGAUUAGUCGUGGACUGCAAUGGGUGGCCAGUGGCCAGGAUUCCAAAGCUCUACAGGACUUCCUCCUCAGUGUGCAGAUGUGCCCACGUAAUCAAGAUGCUUCCCUUCACCUGCUUCUGACUCUGAGGCGGCUAGAUCGGAGGGAUGAGGCCACUGCUCUCUGGUGUAGAUUGGAGGCCCAAACUAAGCUGUCCAAGGAGUAUGCCACAUGGUCUCUCCCCCUAUACCUAGAAGCCUACUUGAACUGGAUCCACCCCCCUGACUGUGAAACCCUCCUGGAAGAGUUUCGGACUUCUUUGCUGGAGCCUUGUGAACUGUAGUUGCUGCAUUUCCCAGACCAACUUCAGCUGGGGCCCCAGUGGGCCAUCUUUCUCUGGGGAGGGCCUUCUGCUUUACCAUCCUUGGGGAAUGUGCCUGGAGCUGACUAUUCUUAUAUACCUCUAGCAUGGGAGAGGUUGGUGGUAGCCCUGCCAAAUUUGACUUAGACACUGCCAUUCUGAUUCUGGAGGAAUUCCCCCUGCCACCAAGUCCUUGCCUUUGCUCAUGGUACUUUUUUUCCUGUUUGCUCUUUUCUUGUGUUGAGUAAAAUCUCAUAUUUGUCUCUUGCCUGCCUACUACAUUUAUUUGAGUGGGAAGGCUCACAGCUGCCUGGUUCAGUUGAGUGCUGGUUGCCUCUCCCAGCAUCCUCUCCUACCUUAUGAGUUUGAGGUCUGGGGCUGAGGAAAGGGCUACACAAAUCCUUUACUUAGGAAGCAGUGUCUUUUUGUUCUUCCCACUGCCCCAAAGCCCAGGAUCCUGUGCUAGGUGACAGAAUGAGUGGAGUUGAGUUUGGAGAGUGGUCUGGGAAGGCCUCCCAGGACAAGGGUGGAACCUUGAUACUUAGAGAGGAGGGACAGGAAGAACUCUGAGUCAGGGUGGCUUGCCUGCUCUCUAACUCUAAGUUCUAGCAACUGGAUCUGUUCAGUCAAAUGGGUCUUUGUGGGUAGGGAGUGAAUGGUGAAUUGAAACAACAUGCCACUGAGAGCUGCCUAUUGACUACAGUCAGAAUGAACAGACGUUUUGGGCCCAAAGACUUCAAGUCUCAGCUUGCAAUUUUCUUGCUGCUUUGAACUCUAUUGAAUCUGUUGUUGUUCUGUACUUGUCUUUUGACUUCUUUCAGAAUUUAAGUGCCCUUCUCCCUCUAGCCAUUAAUAUUAAUCCCCUGUGGUAAGUGAAACAUGUACCCCUAAACUCUGAGGAACUGUACAGCCUGUGGGAUUGGGAUUACCAGAGGUUACAAUGACAGUAGGUUGAAAUGGAUUAAGAGCUGGCAUGCUAGUCAAAGGGUCCAGGGCAGGGGUGGAGACCAGCCCUGAGCCCAGCAUGGGGUUUUUUGUCUUCUUUUAUUUUUAUUUUUUAAAAUUGUGGUAAAAUAUGUAUAAAAUAAAAUUUCCCAUUUUAACCA